UAUGGAGCAGGAUUUAUUUUCCAAAAAUUCGCUGUCUUAUGCAACAUCUCCUUGAACCAUGUUAACAUGUUAAGCGAACACUUUUCGCAUAACUAAGAAAAAGGAUAUUUGCUUGGAAACGUUUAUGUCGACAUCUCGUAACGUGUGUGACUCGUACGUUUGAGUGAAAAAAACGCUAUAGUAUGGUCAAUAGUCUCUUGCAUCCCUCUUUUGAUGAUACUGGGUUUAGUAAACGUUUUCCCCGAAGGAACAUCAUCUUUCGGGUCAGGAGAGACUCAAAACGUCCAGUUGCAGACAUCUGCACUCUCCUCUAGUCGGUACAAAGCUGCAGAGAUUCUCUUCCGAAAAGAGUCUCGAGCGCGCCAAAGAUCCAAGCGCUGCACAUGCUUCUCCUACGAGGAUAAGGAGUGUGUCUAUUACUGCCACUUGGACAUCAUCUGGAUCAACACGCCAGAGCGCACAGUUCCUUAUGGCUUGUCAAGGUCCCACAGCUCUCAGCGGUUCAGACGCGCAAGUGGCACGCCGCAGGUGAAA